AUGAGUUUACUACCGUCAGAAUCCAUAGCAGAAAAGUAUAAUUAUGAAUUUCGUGAUUGUGAUAUAGUUGAUUUAACCGAAUUUUCAGUCACUAAAACAGGAGAUUUCCUAUCAUCAUUACCAGAUAGUAUAUUAUCAGAUGAUGAAAAUGAUUAUGAUAUUGAAAAUAUUCAACCAUCUACAACUAGAACAGGAUCUUUUACAAAUACUACUAUUGUUGGUACAUGUAGUGAUACAGAAACAGAAAAAGAAGAAGAAAACGAAGAAGAGGAAAAGGGAGAGGAGAAAGAGAAAGAGAAAGAGAAGGGGGAAGUAAGAAUUGAAAGUUCAUUAUUUAAUGAAAAUUCUAAAAUGGAUUUUAAUAAUGUAAAAGCUGCUUUAUGUUCAUUAGAAAAAUCAGUAUCUUCUUGGGAAAAGCGAAGAUUUGGUUCACUGAAUGGAUCCAACUUAUAUACGAGCAAUAGUAGUAGUAGCAGCAGUAGUAAAAACAGUCCUAUGCUAGCUGAUAAUAGAAAUCAAUCACAUAUGAAAUUGAAUAAUCUACAUUCUAUUAAAAAAAUUUCACAUAAAGAUAAAUGGAAAUCUCCUAUACAAAUAUCAGCUUCAAAACAACGUGUUAUUGAAUGGUUAAAACAACAAGAAUCAUUUAUGUCACAAUUUAUAAUGUGA